AUGUCAAAUAAAGCACCGGUACAUAUUGUAAAGCAAGUGUGGGAACGUAUUGCGCCUCUUCAGCUCGCGGAGAGAGCCUGGGAUAAUGUAGGAAUCAUCAUGGAAGCUCCCAGUCCCAACCACCGACAUAGACAGAUUCUGUUGACUAUCGAUCUCACAACGGCUGUAUGUAACGAAGCUCUGGCUCUGCCAUCAUGUUCCGUUGUGGUGUCUUAUCAUCCUCCCAUCUUCAGAGCACUCAAAUCAAUGACAAUGUCCGACCCGCUCCAAGCAUCAUUAUUACGUCUGGCAGCUAGAGGUAUCUCCGUUUUCUCUCCUCAUACUUCUCUCGAUGCCACACCAAAGGGGAUCAACAAAUGGCUACUAAAACCUUUCACGCCCUACAUAUCAACUUCAGGACCUAUCACACCAUCUGACCCUGUUGAGGGGUUUGAAGGUGCUGGUCAAGGAGGUCAAGCGACAUUUGAUCGUGCUUUACCUCUGACCGAGGCCAUCUCUCUGGUCAAAUCUCAUCUGGGAUUGAGUCAUCUUCAAGUCGCUUCUCCUAAUCCUCAAAAAAAUAUCGAGUCAAUAGCAGUCUGUGCCGGUUCUGGUGGUUCUGUACUUAGAGGUGUAUCCGCAGAUCUACUGUUGACUGGGGAGAUGUCACAUCAUGAAGUACUAGCUGCCAUUGCGAAAGGUCAAACUGUCAUUUUGUGCAAUCACACCAAUACCGAGCGUCCUUUUCUCUCUCAAGUCUUACGUGGAUGGUUGGAAUCUGAGUUGAACUCGUUUGAUCCGGGAUGGGAAGUCAUAGUCAGUUCUAAAGAUCACGACCCAUUGCAGAUCAUCUAA